AUGCAUAUGACUGUGUGGAGAAACAGAAAACCUCUGGAGAGAGAAAUGCAAGAGAACACACAAGAUGGAACCCCAGGGAGCUGGUUCAGGGUCACCAUUCCUUAUGGGGUAAAGUAUGACAGGACAUGGCUAAUGAACUCAAUCCAGCGCCAUUGCAGUGUCCCCUUCACUCCAGUGGACUUCCACUUUGUGAAAAAUGGGGCUCGGUUCUUUGUCCAGGAAGCUAGCACUGCCUCUGCAUUGAUGGAUGUCAGCUACAAGAUUUGUGACGAGGAGAGCCGAAAGAUACCUGUCUUUGUCAGCCCCUCUGAUGUUCCCUACUCUGUGCGGUAUAAGUUGAAGCCAGAAGAAAUGGAGCAGCUAAAGCUGACCUUGAUGAAACGAUUUAAUAUCUACAAGCAAGCUCUUGACCUCCAGAGGCUCUGCGUUGACCCAGACUUGGUGGGCCAUGAUAUUGAUAUAAUUCUGAAUCGAAGAAGCUGCAUGUCCGCCACCCUGCAAACCAUCGAAAAGAAUUUCCCUGAGCUGUUGUCCUUGAACUUGAGCAGCAACAAACUGUACCAGCUGGAUGGCCUGUCUGACAUUAUACAGAUGGCCCCCACGGUCAAGAUCCUGAACCUCUCCAAAAAUGAGCUGAAGUCUGUGUGGGAGUUGAGCAAGAUGCAAGGGCUGAAGCUUGAAGAGCUGUGGCUGCAAGGGAACCCAUUGUGUGGCACCUUCCCAGACUGGUCCACCUAUGUAAGGGCCAUCAGAGAUCGUUUCCCGAAGUUAUUACGCCUAGAUGGCCAAGAGUUACCGUCACCAGUUACCGUUGACGUUGACACUCCCUAUGUAGUAAAGCCCUGCAAGGGCAGCUACUUUGGAUCUGAUGAGCUGAAGAGCCUAGUCCUGCAAUUCCUGCAGCAGUACUACUCGAUCCAUGACUGUGGAGACCGACAGGGUCUCGUGGGUGCUUAUCAUGAGGAGGCCUGCUUCUCCCUGACCAUUCCCUUCCACCCCGAGGAUCCAGCCCCAAGCAGCUUGUGCGAGUACUUCAAGGACAGCAGGAAUAUGAAGAAGCUCAAGGACCCCCACCUGCGGGUCCAGCUGCUGAAGCACAAAAAACAUGACAUUGUGCACACACUCUGUGUGUUGCCCAAGACUCAACAUGACUUCAGCUCCUUCGUGGUGGACACGUGGUCCCAGACGGAAAGGAUGCUCUGCUUCUCUGUCAAUGGGGUGUUCAAGGAAGUGGAAGGAAGUUCUCAGGGCUGUGUGCGUGCCUUCACCCGGACCUUCAUCGCUACCCCUGCCAGCUACUCCAGUCUUUUCAUCUUGAAUGACGAGCUGUUUGUAUGGGAUGUCAGCCCUAAAAAGACCCAGAGUACAUUUUCCAUCCCAGUACCCACACCCUCCACCAGCUCCAUGCCCAGUUUCUACUGGGAGCAGCAGCAAAUUGUACAAGCUUUCUCCACUCAGUCUGGGAUGAACCUCCAGUGGUCUCAAAAGUACCUUCAGGACAACGAAUAA